UCUAUUGCUCAUAUUGAAUAUCCAAAAAAUGUAUCUUUUUCAUGAGCCUGUUUAAUUCCUCGCAGCAACUUCGUACGAUCAGUGAUCUAGUUUGUUGACUGCCUUGGACAUGGCGUCCCAAGAGGCCGCCAUAGAGAGGCUUCAAAUGGCCGUCAUCGAUGGCCGUACCGAAAACAUUCGCUAUCGACAGACCCAACUGCGGAAUCUUCACUCGGCUUUGCGAAAUGAAGCUGCAAGUAUGUGCAGUGCAUUGGCCAAAGACAGUCAGACGUCAAAUGCCGAGGUUGAAACUGAGUACUACCUGGCUAUGGAAGCAGUCAGGCAUUUCUACGACUCUCUGAACUUUGAGGAAGAGUACAUGAAGAAGUAUUCGAUCACCAAUGGCAAGGACAAUACCAGCAGGAGAUUGGGUGUGGGGUUGGUUGUGAUUCGUCCGACCAGCCAUACAAGAUUCUACUCGAUAAUUACGCCAUUGGCUGCCGCGAUUUCUGCUGGAAACUGCAUUGUUCUUGAGCUUGAAGACAAUCUCUUGCAAGUGGACGCAGUCCUCCGGAAAAUCCUCCCUGCAGCGCUGGAUAUCAAUUCGUUUUGUCUCAGUAAGACAAUACGCGAUUCGUCGAUCCUGGAAAUCGCAGUUUUGGUUGACCAAACCAGCACCGCAUCAUCAAGAAGUCUCACUGCUCAACUAUGCUCCUCGUCAAUAACCCGGACAGUGGCUAUUGUGGACCGUACAGCGGACUUACAAGUCGCAGCGAAGGCCAUCACCCAGGCCCGAUUCAGCUUCGGUGGCACAUCGCCAUACGCCCCAGAUCUGGUAUUAGUGAACGAAUUCGUUAAGGAAGAAUUCUUUGAGGCUUGUUCGAAAUACGCAACGCUGGCGUUUGCGAAAGACUCCGCAGUGAAGAAGGUCAACGGAAACCGGAGCGAGGAUUCGAGGAAAGCGGUUGCAAAGGCGGAAGAGAGGAGGCAGGUCGCGAGCUUCGGGUCUAACGACUUCAAACUCGUGCAAAUUUUGGACAAGUCGACCUCGCUCAUGAAGAUGAAAAUUAGCGGCCGUUAUCUGCCGAUUGCGACCUGCUCGGGGCUCAUUGACGCCAUCUUCAACCAGCAAUUCGAAAACCCCCUACUAGCAGGAUAUUUCUUCGCCGAUCCAAAAUCCGCCAAAUAUCUAGCACAACAUCUCCUAUGCCACAUCUCCUGUAUUAACCAGAUUCCCAUCCAUCUCCUCGUCGGUCCUGCCGCACCGAUGGCCCACGAUGCUGAUUUCAGCUACCGCUAUAGCAAGGAUAUGUUAUCAGUUGCACGGCCACAGUACGUUGAGCCGCCCGCUGAAGCUUUUGCAAUGGCCAAGGAGUUACUUGAUGGGUCGAAGAAGACUAGCACGUCGAAAAUAAGGGCGCUUGCGAUUGUGCCCCUGAAACCCACGGGACAGCCUGCAAAUGACCAUCUUGGUUUUUUUGAGGCGGGUCUUGUUACUAUGGGUAGUAUUGUGCUGGCUAUCAUUUUACCGAUAGUUGGGUUUGGGACAUGGAUCGCGGCUAGGAAGGGAGUUGCGAUAGCAUCGAGGUGGAGGAAUUAGGAUCUGGGAUCAGUUUUCCAGGGACACUUGUGUGAUUAAUAAAGGGAUAUUAUCCUGGAGGAGUUCAGACUUAAAUCUUUACAAUUGUAUCGUCGGUUGCCCGGUUGCUUG